AUGGCUCCGAUCAAGGUCGGGUUUAUUGGGGCAUCGGCCGGUUCAGGCCUCUUUGUCAGGUCAUGGGCGGCCAAGGCCCACAUCCCAUAUCUCGUGCAGACACCCAACUACACCAUCACCGCCAUGCAGAACAGCAGCCAAGCAUCGGCAGAAAGGGCCAUUCAGGACCAUAAAAUCCCAGGCGAAAUUGCUACGUAUGGAGAUCCGGAAUCCCUCGCCGCAGAUCCCAAUGUCGACUUGGUGGCAGUGUCGGUCAAAGUGCCUUUGCAUUCCAGACUGCUCCGCCCAGCACUGGAGGCGGGAAAAGACGUCUUCGUCGAGUGGCCCCUGGCUGCCAAUCUCAAGGAGGCCGAGGAGCUGACUGCGCUCGCCAAGAGCAAGAGUGUCAAGACCAUCGUCGGUCUACAGGCUCGCCAGGACUCGAGCAUCCGCAAGGCGCGGGAGAUGGUGCAGAGUGGCGAGCUAGGCCAAAUCAUCAGCACGACGAUGAAAGGCGCCGGAGGAAUUUUUAAUGCGUCUCUCGGCACGAGUUAUGAAUACCUUCUCCCAAUCGAGAAUGGUGCAAAUAUGGUGACGAUCCCGGCUGGACACGCCAUAGAUGCUCUCUGCUAUGUGGUCGGCGAGUUCCGAGAUCUGCAGGCAACAUUGGCGAAUAACAUACCAAAGAUCCAGAUCGUUGACGGUGAGGGAAAUAUUUUGAGGACGGUCGACAAAACCAGUCAUGAUUGGAUGAGUGUGAGUGGGAACCUGGUGAACGGAGGCGUGGCCAAUGUCGUGUAUGAAGGAGGGAGCUCCCUGACGGGGAAGAGCUUCUGCUGGGAGAUCGUCGGUACCAAAGGUGCUCUCGUCCUGGAAGGUCCUCAUGGACAUGUGCAGAUGUUUCACCCGACAUUGAAGAUUGUGAGAGCGGGAGACAAGGAGGCGAAGCUCGAGGAAAUCAAGGUGGAAAUUUCGUCCAAGCCGAUGGACUUCACCUUUAAUACUGGCAAGGCAUGGGAUGCUUUUGUCGGUCAAGGAGAUGGAAGUUGGACCACCUUUGAGGACGCCGUGGUCAGACACAAGAUGAUCGAUGCCAUUUACCGUAGUAAUGAGAGUGGGAGGCGAGAGAGUUACAUCUGA